UCGCGUUCGCCCCGCCGCCGCCGCCGCCGCCGCCGCCGCCGCCGCUGCCCGAGAGCCUGAGGUUUCCCGGGGACCACAAUGAACAAGUUGCUGUGCUGCGCGCUCGUGUUCCUGGACAUCUCCAUUAAAUGGACCAUGCAGGAAGUCCUUCCUCCAAAGUAUCUCCAUUAUGAUCCAGAAACCUCUCGUCAGCUGAUGUGUGACAAAUGUCCUCCUGGCACCUACCUAAAGCAGCACUGUACAGCAAGGCGGGAGACCCUGUGCAUCCCUUGCCCGGACCACUACUACACAGACACUUGGCACACCAGUGAAGAGUGUCUGUAUUGUAGCUCCGUGUGCAAGGAACUGCAGCACGUCAAGCAGGAGUGCAAUCGCACCCACAACCGUGUGUGUGAAUGCGAGGAAGGGCGCUACCUCGAUCUAGAGUUCUGCGUGAAGCACAGGAGCUGUCCCCCUGGGUUUGGAGUGGUACAAGCUGGAACCCCAGAGCGAAAUACAGUUUGCAAAAGAUGUCCAGAUGGAUUCUUCUCGAAUGAGAUGUCUUCUAAAGCCCCCUGUAGAAAACACACAAAUUGCAGUGCACUUGGUUUGCUGCUAACUCAGAAAGGAAAUGCAACACAUGACAAUGUAUGUUCUGGAAACAGUGAAUCAACUCAAAAAUGUGUAAUAGAUGUCACCUUAUGUGAGGAGGCAUUCUUCAGGUUUGCUGUUCCUACAAAGUUUACACCCAACUGGCUCAGUGUCCUGGUAGACAAUUUGCCUGGAAGCAAAGUAAAUGCUGAGAGUGUAGAGAGGAUAAAACGGCGACAUAGUUCACAAGAGCAAACGUUCCAGCUGCUGAAGUUAUGGAAACAUCAAAACAAAGACCAAGACAUGGUCAAGAAGAUCAUCCAAGAUAUUGACCUCUGUGAAAACAGUGUGCAGCGGCACAUUGGGCACGCAAACCUCACCUUGGAUCAGCUUCGCAGCUUGAUGGAGAGUUUACCCGGGAAGAAAGUAGGAGCAGAAGACAUUGAAAAAGCCAGAAGGGCUUGCAAAUCAAGUGAGCAGCUCCCCAAGCUGCUCAGUCUGUGGAGAACAAAGAAUGGAGACCAAGACACUUUGAAGGGCCUCAUGCAUGCCCUGAAGCACUUGAAAACCUACCACUUUCCCAAGAGUGUCACUCAGAGUCUGAGGAAGACCAUCAGGUUCCUUCACAGCUUCACGAUGUACAGACUGUACCAGAAGCUAUUUUUAGAGAUGAUAGGGAACCAGGUCCAAUCAGUAAAAAUAAGCUGCUUAUAACCGAAAUCAGCCACUGAGCUAUUCUUUCCCAAGGGCCAGAUCUGAUGGCUGGGUAGACUGUUUCUCAGGCACUUGAGGGGAGACAAUGAUUUCUUUCUCACCACCAAUGACUAAUUUUGCCACGGGGCAGUAAAAGAAACUAUCAUGUGAAGAAAGAACUAGCAUCUCCCCAAAAGUUCAAUAAUCCCAAAUAGUUUAUUCAACUGUUAGAUCUGGCCCUGUAGCUACUGACUAUAUUUCCCCUUAUUACUGCUUGCAGUAAUUCAACUGGAAACAACAAAAACUAGACUCCAUUGUGCUUUACUAAAUAUGGGAAUGUGUAACUUAAAUAGCUUUGAGACUUCAGCUGUGCUAGUGGCUUUUAUUAGAAAGCCAUAUUUUUUCUCUGUAAAAGUUACUAAUGUAUCUGUAACACUAUUACAGUAUUGCUAUUUAUAUUCAUUCAAAUAGAAGGUUUGUACAUAUUAUCAUCCUAAAGAGAAGUGGUGUAAGACUUAAUUUUGGAAAGAAAAAAUUAUAUUCUGUUUAUUAUUAUAAAAAAUGAAAGAGAUAAAAUAUAUUUUUUAAUGGAAAGUUUGUAGGAUUUUCUAAUAGAUACCGCCAUUUUUCCUAUGUGGAGUGUUUUUUAUAAUAUAAUUUUAUCUGUAUAAGCUGUAAUAUCAUUUUAUAGAAAAUGCAUUAUUUAGUCAAUGGUUUAAUGUUGGAAAGUGUAUGAAAUGUAAAUUAUCUGAAU